CACAGCCCAGGCGCUCCUCGUCUCCACAGCCCGUCUCUCCAGAAGCAUGUCCCCAGACAUACAGCCGCGGUGCGAUGAAGCGGACCGAGAGACACCACCAGCAUGACCGCAUGAAAGCAGUGGCCAUGGCGAUUAACCAUGAAGCUGGAGCCUAACAUCCUCAUCGCUUCCCUCUGUCACUUGAAGCCUCUGAGGCGCCACAUCGAACACACGCUCUCCCAGUAUGCCAUCCGAGUGCGAGAGAGCCGGACGGACUGCCUAGCACCUGUGCCAUCUGAGUAGGAGGUGGCAACAAAAGACCAAAUGCCAUGGAUGUAUUCAACUUCACCUACUGGAAUGCCUCCGAAGGGUUAGGGUUAGACAAUGACACAGAAGUCGUGGCCGCGAGCGAGAGCGCCUACAAGACCGUGGAGGUGGUGUUCAUCGUGCUGGUGGCCGGCUCCCUCAGCCUGGUCACGGUCAUUGGAAAUAUCCUGGUCAUGCUUUCCAUCAAAGUCAACCGGAACUUACAGACGGUCAACAACUACUUUUUGUUCAGCCUCGCCUGCGCUGACCUAAUUAUCGGACUGUGCUCCAUGAACUUGUACACAGUCUACAUAGUGAUAGGCUACUGGCCCCUGGGCCCCGUGGUGUGCGAUCUGUGGUUGGCCUUGGACUAUGUUGUCAGCAACGCGUCUGUCAUGAAUCUCCUCAUAAUCAGCUUUGACAGAUACUUCUGUGUCACCAAGCCCCUGAGCUACCCGGUCAAACGGACCACCAAGAUGGCAGGGAUGAUGAUCGCUGGAGCCUGGGUCCUGUCCUUCGUGCUCUGGGCGCCCGCCAUUCUCUUCUGGCAGUUCAUCGUCGGCGGGAGGACGGUCCCGGAGAGAGAGUGCUACAUCCAGUUCUUCUCCAACGCCGCCGUCACGUUCGGCACCGCCUUUUACCUGCCGGUCAUCAUCAUGAUUCAGCUCUACUGGCAGAUCUCCAGGGCGAGCAAGAGCCGCGUGAAGAAGGAUACCCGCAAGCCGUCAGGAGCCACCACCGAACCCCUGUCACCUGGCCAGAGGAGGAACAACACGCCAAAACCCAACAACAACAACGUGCCAGGGGAGGUGGCGGUGCGUUCCCAGAUCCAAAACUCUGACGCCGGGGCCCACGAGCAUGAUGGCAAACUGCAAAAUGGUAAAGGACCCUCCUCAAAUGCAGAGGGAGAACCAGAAGGAGAUGAAGGGGCAAGAGAGAAUUGUGCUCCUGGAGAGGAGAAGGAGAGCUCCAACGACUCCACAUCGGGGAGCGCGGCCGCGUCCAAUCAGAGGGACGAGGAGGUGGUGCCGUCCACUGCCAACUCCAGCCUCGAGACGAGCCAGCUGCCCCCACGUCAGCGAGCCAAGGCCGGGGCGUCCAAGCUGACCUGCAUCAAGAUCAAGACCAAAUCCCCCAAGAGCGACUGCUACACGGCGUCCAACGCCACCGUUGAGAUCGUGCCGGCCUCCGAGCGGCAGAACCACGUGGCGCGAAAGAUCGUGAAGAUGACGAAGCAGCCCCCCAAGAAGAAGAAGGCGCCGCCAUCACGGGAGAAAAAAGUGACCCGCACCAUCAUGGCCAUCCUGGUCGCCUUCGUAGCCACCUGGACUCCUUACAAUGUGAUGGUGCUCAUCAACACCUUCUGCUCCAGCUGCAUCCCCAACACAAUGUGGACUAUCGGCUACUGGCUGUGCUACAUCAACAGCACCAUCAACCCGGCCUGCUACGCUCUGUGCAACGCCACGUUCAAGAAGACAUUCAAACACCUCCUCCUCUGCCAGUACAAGAAUAUUCGGUCCGCCAGAUAAACACGGGACACAUGGGAGGAAGGCGUUGUGCAUGUAUGCGUGAAGGUGUUUGUGUGUCCAUGCCAUCCAUGUUUAUGUGCGUCUGUGAUAAGGGGUUUGUGCGCGUGAUGAUGAAGAGUAUCUUUAAAAUUUUACUUUCCUCCAUUUUAUCUUUAGUUCACCACUUUCUCUCUCAAUAACCGGUUGUAGCACUCGACACAAGUUCAACUGACCCCAGUUGUGUUGAGACGUGUUGUGCAGAAGCAGCGUAAAUAAGGACGGUUGUGGGGAAAAAUAGAAUCAGUAAUAUUAAGAGUUGUAUACUCCACAACAACGAGGGUGUGUAUAGCAGAUGAAAGGGAUUUAAAAACAUUAAAAAAAAGCGGAGGAAGAUCUAGGCCGUACAAAAACAAGGAAACUUCAAAACUGGGGAAAUAGGGCUGACUGAAUUUACAAACCUCAAAAGUUUGAACUUCAGUAAAGAUACCUGUAGAUACCUGUACAUAUCAGUGUAUACUCUUAUCUGUGUGUGUGUGCACAUGUGGGUGUGUGCAGGCUCUGAGCAUAGGCGUGCACACACACGUGCGCCCGUCUGCCUGCCUUCUUUCUGUGAUCACCAUCAUCACCUUGACACUUCCAACCAGCAGCAGGGAGAAUAGCAAGGAGGCAGCUCGCGUAGCUUUGCCCCCGACGUUGUCACAUUAAGUCUCGGAAGGCGACAAAGUUCCCAUCAACACGCAACAGAUGUAGAAAUGUAUCAGAGCAGCACUUGUCAGCGUUGCAGAGCGGUGGGACCGGCUGCAGGAGAUGAAUUUGAAUUUAAAGUUUGUGCCAAAAUUCCACAUAAAAAAAACGAAAUCUGUAACUUCUCACGUUCUCCUGCAGAAAGAUAAGUAGCAAGUCUUUUGACCAGGUUUUGAAAAAUGUCUCAACCCAAAAAGCAUCGAGGGGAAAGCAAUUUGUUUGUGCUCACAGAUUUUGAAAGUAUGACAUUUAGAAACGAUUCAGCAGAGUAAACAGUGUCCUGGUUACAUAACCUCACUGAGCACAUGUGUUGGUGCAAACGUCCAAUCAGGCUUUUUGAGCAGUGGACAGUCAGAAAGGCUUUUCUUAUUUUGUGUGAUUAUAAAUUAGAAUUUAACAUGCAUGCAGGAUAUUGAUCCACACUUUGCGGUACAGUAUUUAUUCAUAGGGGAAAGAUUAGGCUGCAAAUACCAUCGGAUGACUCCUAGUUUGUGUCCCAAUGGUUUAGUCCAACAUUUUGGGACAUACCAUCAUUCACUCUCUUCGUAAAAAGACUUAGAUGAGAGGAUCGAUACCACACACGACCAUAAACAUGAAGCUUAGACCUGGAGGCUGUUAGCUUAGCUUAGCAUAGAGACUGAGGGAAGUAAGAAUGUUAAAGAAUCGACCUGCCAGCACAGAAAUCUCACAAAUGAUCACAUCUCACUUGUUUAAUGAGAUAAAACCUUAAGUGUCAAAGUUAGAAGCUAAGAAGUGGUUGCUCACAUGACCCACGUUUAACAGAACGAGAGUUAUUCAGAGAAAUCAAGAAAAAUGGUUAAGAGAGGAUUUGAAGGGGGAUGAAAACAGUCGGACCUACAUUACACAAUAUGGACUGUUCAGUGUCACUCUCUCCUCUGCACAGACUCACUCCAGCUCGUACGACCGCUGACAGGACGUCUGUUUGUGUCCGGGCGCCAUUAAGACAACAUGCUGUCCAGUUGUUCUUCCCUGAGAGGAGUCAAGCAGGGAAACAAAGGGUCGGAGCUCAGAGCUGUGAGAAGGCCUCGUUUUUUAAUUUCUCUUUUUUUGGUGUGUGUCUGUGGCUUAGUGAGGGAAGUGGUUUGAUCCGUGUGAUUAGUGGAUUGAUUCCACAGUGUGUACUGAUUAGGACUGAGUGUGAGUGUGUGUGAGUGAUUGAGUGAGUGUGUGUGUGUGUGCACUCCAAGACUGGAGUUUACUUCUGAUCCCAGGUUGGCACCUGGUGAUUUGAUUAAAGGGCUACUUCUGCGUCUUACCAUGUGUUCGUGAACCAUCUCCUUUCCAUGUUUAAAAGAUGCAUGAGAGUUAAUUCAUUUAAACGUGAUAAACAAUCCAUUCUCUUAGAUUAAAAGUCGUAAACAGUUUCAUUUAAAAAAACAAAAUGUAAAAAAAAAGAAAUGAGAAAAUCAAUUUACUGUGAGACAUGUUCUGUGUGUUCACGCUCGUCAUCCGUCAUUUCACACUAUUAGACGAUUCCCCGUUACGUUAAUGUACACUCAUCAGCUGGAGUGAUGAAUAUGCAGGAGCUGUGCGUUGUCGCAGCGCCUGAUGGGGAGUGUGUGGGGGGGAGGGGGGCCUCGUGGAGCUCCUCAAGGCCUCCUCUUCCUCCUCCUCCUCCUCUUCCUCAACGAGAGAUCUGGGACAGAUCCUAUAAUGAAAACUCACCAUGAGGCUGAUCAGAUUACGGGACGACGUGGAACACCUACAUCUGAGAUUAAACACGGCCCAUUACA